GCCUGGGCAAACGAAACAGGAAGCGAUAACGAAACUCGCAGAGAGGACGGACAUGGCGGCGAGGAGCGACAACGAGUCGGACGGCGACGUGGGCACCAACCCCGCCGAGGGGGGCUCGUCCCUGUCCCUGCCGCCUCUAGCUGCCGGUCCAGCCGUAUGCGUCCUCCGGUCCGCCGGGGACUUCGCCGGCGGCGCCUUCGUCGGAUCUAUCUUUGGAUAUGGACAAGGUUUGCUAUCUAAGAAGGGCUUGAAGGGCUCACUCGGGAAUGCAGGGUCUUCUGCCAAAAGUUUUGCAGUUCUUUCUGGCGUCCAGAGUUUGGUUUUGUGCUUGUUGAGGAAGCUACGUGGGAAAGAUGAUAUCAUCAAUUCCGGCAUUGCUGGUUGUUGCACAGGUCUUGCUUUGAGUUUUCCAGGUACACCACAAGCGCUGCUUCAGAACUGCGCCACCUUCGCAGCAUUCUCAUGCAUCAUGGAGGGGCUCAACAAGCAGCAGACCGCGAUGGCACACACCCUCACUGGGAACGCCUUGACCUUCGCGCACGACAAUGGCGCGGGCGUCCUCCCCCCCUUCACUCUCCCCCCAAUCCUCGACGCUUCCGAUGCUUUUGCCUCAUGCUGCCAGGCCUUGGUCGCCAAGCCUAAGAAGCACUAGACAGCAGCAUUAGGAGGGAGAGUGAGAUAUGCUCAGGAAACCUAGCUAGCUCCUAACGUUAUGUAAAUUUUGCUUUUGGAUAAUGUCGAAAAUCUAGAUUGUUUGCUUUUUCAGCCGGGUGUUUUUUGUCGCCGCGUUUCGUGGCGUGGGCUUGCUUUGUUGAUGAUAUGAAGGAUAGAUUUUGUUGACCCGGAAGAUAAGACGUCGUGGAAAAUUUUGCUUGAUGGCUGUAUCUGCUUUGUUAAAAUGGUUGAAGCGUUGCUACUCUCCAA